AUGAGUGACAGAACAUUCAAAUGCUGUUUAUGUGCGUACCAAGCUGCCACAGAACGUAUUCUGCUUAAUCAUACAGUGCGUCAACAUCGUUUUGAUCCGAACUUCAAGGUUAUGUGUUCUAUUAGAGGAUGCGGAGCUUCAUACACAAAGUGGUUUUCUUUCAAGAAACAUGUCAAACGCGUUCACAGAAGUAAUGUGAAUGCAAUAGAUAGAAAUGAGGAAUACGCAGAAGCCCAAGACAUAAGACNUCAUGAAAUCAACGAUAAUCCAGCACUAGAGGAAAACUAUGUUAGUAAUUGGCCUCGUACCACGUCUGAAGUUAUAGAAUGGUAUGCUGCUCAGUUUUGCGUUCAUGCGGAAAUCAGACAACGUGCAGAUGCUGACAACCUUGUAUCGUUGAAGAAUAUUGAAGAAGUGUUUGCUGAGAUUGUUCCGCCGUCUCUUCUUUUUUCUAAAGUUGAAACUAAAUAUCUUUUAAAUAAGUUUUUGGUUGACAAAUUUGGUAUGGUUAUGCCUGAGCAAGUGUUGAUUGGAGAGGCAUAUGUCUGGCAACGGAAACCUACGAGAGAUCUUGUAUUGAAACCUUUUUAUGCAUAUGUAGUCCCACUUCUUAGUACUCUUAAAGCUCUUCUAUGUAAUGAUGAAAUAAGAGCAAAAGUGGAUAAUCCUAGGGUUAGUGCAGAUGUUUUGAAAACUGUUACAGAUNGCAAAUAUUAUCGUGAACAUCCAUUUUUUUCUUCUGUACCAAAUGCUCUUGGCAUAAUAUUGUACUAUGAUGGUUUAGGUGUUGUUAAUCCUUUAGGAGCAAACACAGCCUCUCAGAAUGUCUCAAUGUUUUACUGGACUCUGGCUAACAUUCCUCCAGAAAUGAGGUCAACUCUGAGAGCCAUAAACCUUUUUGCUGUUGUAAAAACUUCAGUGAUGAAAAGAUUUAGUAUUCACAAAAUUUUAGAGCCAUUUGUUCAAGAAAUUACAAAGCUUCAAACUGAAGGGAUAGAUAUCACUGUUAAUAAUGUUGUAAAAAAUUACAAAGGUUCACUUNUGUUUGUGGCAGGUGAUACUCCAGCAUCUGCUCUNAUGGGUGGUUUUAAAGAAAGUGUUUCUGCUUCCCGACCUUGCCGCACUUGUCUAACAACAAAGACUCAGCUACAAACUAAUUUCUCUGAAAGUAAUUUCAUUCUGAGANAUAUUAAUANUCAUAGAGAGCAUCUUCAAGUAANUCUUGAACCUGGUCUGCCCAAAAGGUUAACAGAAUAUUGGUCAAUGUAUUUUGGUGUGAAUCAAAGUAAAUCACCGCUUUUGGAUAUUGAUGGCUUAGACUUACCAGUAUGUCUGCCUCAAGAUAUCAUGCAUGUUUUAUUNGAAGGUGUUAUGGAAGUUGAAUGCAGACUUUUCUUGCAAUACUGUAUUAUNAAUAAAAAUUUAUUUUCUGUUGCUGAUUUAAAUUCCAAAAUUGACACAUUUGAUUUCAAGCACUUGCAAAAAGACAAGCCAUUACUCAUUUUAGAUGCUCAUUUAUACAAUGGAUUGAGACAAAGUGCUUCCCAGAUGGUAGCCUUGGCUCAUUCCUUGCCGUUUCUACUUUACAAAUGGGUUCUUUUGAAAUACCUGUUGACGAUCUGCCAGUAUUAUCAUCAAUGA